UUGCUAGGCUAGCUUGAGAGAGACUUAUUUUACUACACACAAACACACAAAGAAAGUGGGCACUACUUAGGAAAGAGACUCUUGUCUAUUUCAUAACCUUCUUUCCUUCUUCCUUCCUUGCCUUGUUAUCCAUCUUCUUCUUCUUCUAAGAAAUCGAAAAUCAUACGAAAAUCAACCAAAUGGGGAAUUGCCAGGCUGUUGAUGCAGCUGCACUAGUAAUACAACAUCCAAAUGGUAAGAUAGACAGGAUGUAUUGGCCUAUGACAGCUAGUGAAGUUAUGAAAAUGAACCCUGGUCACUAUGUUUCACUCAUCAUACCUCUUCCUAUCUCCUCCGAUGACAAAUCCAACGAUAAAACUGUUCGUUUCACACGCGUUAAACUUCUCCGUCAAACAGACACUUUAGUCCUUGGCAGAGCUUAUAGACUUGUCACAACACAAGAGGUGAUGAAGGUAUUGAGAGCGAAGAAACAUGCAAAGAUGAAAAAGAAUCAACCAGAGUUGCAAGAAAAUCAAAGAUCAAGCUGUGAACUUGAAGCUGGAAACUCUGAAUCAGAUAAGAACAAGGCUAAAAGACAUGAAGGAAACAGGCAAAGACCUGGAACAACAAACUUAGCUGCUGCUUCAAGGUCGAAAUCAUGGCGUCCGAGUUUACAGAGUAUCUCUGAGUCCAAUAGCUAAUGAAGGUUGCAACUCGAUCACCGGAAUCAUGGAGAGAUAAAACUCACAGAAGUUGGUGGUUCUAGUGUCUUAUUCAUCCAAUUGUCUAAGUUCAUGAGGGAUGUUGAGCAAUAAUGCUUUUGUAUAGAAGAGAAAUGGAACUACUACUAACUCUACCUUGAUAGAAAGAACAUCCUAUAAUGGAAAAUACAUAUUCUCCGGAA